AUGUCUAAAACACAAAAGUUUUCCAUAGAGUCUACGCGAGAAAAAGAUUUCCCAAAAUGGUUCAAAGAAACAAUAACAAAGGGCGAGAUACUGGAGUACCACGACAUUAACGGGUGCUACGUUCUUCGGCCAAGCGGCUUCUUUAUAUGGAAUACGAUCAAGCUGUAUUUCACUCAAAAAAUUGAUACAAUGGAUGUAAAAGAGGCAUACUUCCCCAUGCUUGUGUCAAGCGCCUGUCUUGAAAAGGAAAAAGAGCACCUUGCAAACUUUGCCCCAGAAGUUGCAUGGAUCACAGAGUGCGGCGGAAAGCCUCUGGAAAAGCCUGUGGCAAUACGCCCUACAUCUGAGGUAAUUAUGUACCCAUACUUCUCCAAGUGGAUCCAAAGCUACAGAGACCUGCCCCUAAAGCUAAACCAGUGGUGCAACAUUCUGCGAUGGGAAACCACACAGACCAUGCCUUUUGUGCGCGGAAGAGAGUUCCUGUGGCAGGAAGGACACACUGCCCACUUUACAAGAGAAGAGGCAGACAAAGAAGUGUUUGAGAUUCUUGAUCUUUACAAAGACGUGUACAAGAAUCUGCUGGCUGUGCCUGUCAUAAAGGGAACAAAAAGCAAGAAAGAAACAUUUGCAGGAGCAGACUACACAACCACAGUUGAGGUGUUUAUUCCCUCAACAGGAAAGGGAAUACAGGCAGCAACAUCGCACUCUCUGGGGACGAACUUCUCCACGAUGUUUGACAUAACAGUUGAAGAUCCAAGCAAUCCUGGGUCUUUUAUGCCUGUUUUCCAGAACUCUUGGGGGCUCAGCACAAGAAGCAUAGGAGUAGCUAUCCUUGUGCACUCAGACGACAGAGGGCUUGUAGUUCCUCCAAAGGUGUCAUCUGUUCAGGUGGUGCUUGUGCCAUGCGGAUUCUCCAAGAAAGUCCCAGAGGAAAUGAGGCAGAAAGUCAUCGAGGAAAUAGAAAAAAUAGAAAAGAAUCUAAAGGCGCUGGGAAUAAGAGCAAAAGCAGACCUGGCCCAGAACAUUUCGCACGGACAGAAAUUCAACCAGUGGGAAGCCCGAGGAGUCCCUUUGAGAGUUGAACUGGGCCCAAAAGAUCUCGAAGAGAAUAGUGCGUAUCUUUCCUGGAGAAUCGAUAAAACCAAAAAAAAGGUAUCUUUAGAUGGCAUUGCAAAAAACAUACAGGAAAAUCUGGAUAACAUCCACGACACAAUGUACGAAACAGCAAAGAUACAAAGAGACUCCUCCAAGAUCCAUGCGUCCUCGAUUGAAGAGCUCAACGCGGCUCUGCACAACAAGAAAAUGGCUACAAUGGCGUGGUGUGGAACAGAGUCCUGCGAAGAUGGCAUAAAGAAAGCCACAGAGGAAAGAGACAAGCACGGAACUGUCUUGAUGGCAGGCGCCAAGUCGCUGUGCAUUCCUUUCUCAGAAAAGAAGCCCGUUGGAAAGUGCAGUGCCUGCUCAAAUGAUGCAAUGCACAUGGGGCUAUUUGGAAGAUGCUACUAA